AUGGCGGAAGAAAAUUUAGAUAGUGUUCGAAUUAUUGGUGGUAAAGAGGCUCAACCAAAUCAAUUUCCAUAUCAAGUUGCUAUGAGUAUUUUAAUGAAUAAUAAAAAUAUUCAAGUUUGUGGUGGUGUUUUAAUAUCAAAUUCAUGGGUACUAACAGCAGCACAUUGUUUAUAUAAAGCUACUGCAGCUGAAGUUGUUUUAGGAGCACACGACGUAACUAAUUUAUAUGAAAUCACACAAAAGAGGAUAACAGUAAAAAAUAAUAGUUUUAUAAUACAUUCAGCUUAUCCGAAACAAUGGAUUGAUAUUGCUUUAAUAAGAUUACCAACUUCUAUUCCAUACAAUAGAGUUAUAAAAUCAAUACAACUACCAUGUAAUAGAGAUUCUCAACGAAAUUUUGUUGGAAAGAAUGUUCUUGUAUCUGGAUGGGGAAUGAUUUCAGAUAAACCUGGAAGUCUAUCAAAAACAUUAAAAUAUACUAAUAUACAAGUAAUAUCAUCUGAAACCUGUAAAAAAUAUUUUGGUUCAGCAUUAGCUGUAGAUCCAACAUAUAUUUAUUGUGCUAAUGGAAUAAAAGGUACAUCAACAUGUAGUGGUGAUUCUGGUGGUCCAUUAGUUUCAUUAACAUCAGAUGGUAAAGUUGAUAAAUUAAUUGGUAUUGUAUCAUUUGGUAUGGUUGGUGGCUGUACAAAAGGUUAUCCACAAGGUUUUGUUAAAAUUACUUCAUAUUUAAAAUGGAUCAAUGAAAAAACUGGUGGUGAUGUUAAAAUUUGUUAA